GGCCUGGGCUAUGCGCCCCUGAAUCCUCCUCCUCCCCGAGAACCAAAUCCUUGGCUGCUUCGAGACGCGCAGCCACGAAGUGAGGCCACAAACCAGGUCCCAGCAGCCAGAGAAGUCCCAAAGGAGGCUGACAGAUUGGCACAACCUCACGUGGCGCCAGGGUCACCUCCAAAGCUGAAUGGUGGCGCUAGCUCGGGGAACGGUGCUCAUGGAGCUCACGAGUGGAAGGCAUGUCAUGUCGAAGAGCGGGCCGUGGGAGCAUCUGCAGUUGCUAGCGAAGGGCGUGGCGACAUGCAUCAGCCUCCUCGCAAUGAGUCGCAACGACACCAGCAACAGUGGCCGCAGUCCGAUUUCUCACAGCCAUCUGUGCUUGAGCAGCCGUACUACAGAGACCUUCAGCAGACUGAUGAUGCAGGUUCAGCGGCCUGGGAGCAGGAGUCAAACGACUUUUCCUCCUUCCCAGGCCAGCAGCUGCCUGACAUUAGAACGGGACAGGAAAGACAAGCGGUCACAAGCAGCGGAGGAGGUCUGGAUCGUGACAGGCUUGGAAGAUCACCUGAGGAGGCAAUUCAGGCUACCCUCAUGUCUGCAAUUGAAGCCGCGCCACAGGUGGAGGCCCUCUUGCAGAGCAGCUCCUCCAUCGGUCAUGUGCGCGGUGCACUCUCUGUCUUGGUGGCCAGCGAUGUGCUCUUCUCCACGUGA